GACGAGGUCCCUUUUGACGGCGGUCUCGCCUCGUUUGUGUGGUUAGCAUCAUAUUUUUGGGAUUUCAUUGCAAUCAUGGCGAAAUUCGAUUUGACAUCGAAGAUUGGACAGUAUCUGGACCGUCACUUGGUGUUUCCUCUGCUGGAGUUCCUCUCGGCUAAGGAGAUUUAUGAUGAGAAUGAGUUGCUCCACGCCAAACUGGCAAUUCUCAGCAAAACCAAUAUGAUCGAUUAUGCUAUCGAUAUCAGAAUGCAACUGUAUCCAGAUGUGGAGGUUCCAGAGACAUUGAAGUCUCGUCGUGCUGAAGUCGUGCAAGAGCUUGGAGUGCUCCAAAACAGUGUAUCAGUGGUUGUGUCAAUUAUGAACAACGAGAAGGCGAUGAAAAAGAUGGAGGAAAUGAGGGAUUCAAAGGCCCUGAAUAAUUAUUUAACACAAGAAUUAGAUUUCCAAAUUGAGAUGUUGGAUAAUCUUGUCAAAUUGGCUAAGUACAGAUACGAGUGUGGAAACUACUCCAUCACAACGUCGUACUUGUACUUCUACAUGCUUAUUAUGCCACCCACAGACAAGAACUACUUGAACGUGCUCUGGGGUAAGUUAGCCUCCGAAAUCCUCGCCCAGAACUGGGACACAGCCCUGGAGGACGUGAACAAGCUCCGAGAGUACAUCGACAGCAACGUGAUCGGCAAUUCCCUCCAAGUUCUCCAGCAGCGAACCUGGUUGAUCCACUGGAGUCUCUUCGUGUUCUUCAACCACGCAAAAGGCAGGGACCUGAUAAUCGAGAUGUUCCUGUACCGUCCCCACUACCUCAACGCCAUCCAGACCAUGUGCCCCCACAUCCUGCGUUACCUGGCUGCUGCUGUUAUCGUCAACCGCUCCAGACGUUCCACCCUGAAGGAUCUCGUCAAGGUAAUCCAGCAGGAGUCCUACACGUAUCGCGACCCAAUCACCGAGUUCCUAGAGCAUCUCUACGUGAACUUUGACUUCGAUGGGGCUCGUCAGAAGCUCCAGGAGUGCCAGACAGUGGUCUUCAACGAUUUCUUCCUCAUCGCUCUUCUCAAUGAGUUCGUGGAGAACGCGAGGCUCAUGAUCUUUGAGACCUUCUGCAGGAUCCACCAGUGCAUUUCCAUCGGAAUGCUCGCGGAGAAGCUCAACAUGAAGGCUGACGUCGCUGAAUGCUGGAUCGUCAAUCUCAUUCGUAAUGCCAGGCUCGACGCAAAAAUCGACAGCAAACUGGGGCACGUGGUAAUGGGGGGACAGCCUGCCUCACCUUAUCAACAGCUCGUGGAGAAGAUUGAGACGCUGAGUGUCAGGAGCGAAGCUCUGGAGAACUUGAUCGAGAGGAAGCUGAAGGCUAAGAAUCAGGAACCUGUCAGCAUAGUGUGGAAUUAAGGGCAAGGGCUGCUGCUGGGGUUUGUGACCUGAUGAGUUAAUUUAAGAUUCAUAAUGUGGAAUUCAGGGGGGGAGAACGAUGAUUGUCUUAAUAAACGAAUUUUUAUCUGUAAAAUCGAAAA